AUGCAAGACUCACAAGCAACAGUGUAUGAUAAUGCGAUGGUCCGACAUUGGGACCAGUGGAUUGAUCCUCGCAAAAGGACGCAGAUCUUUGCUGUGGAUAUUCAGAAAAACGCACAAUCAGGCAGCUGGUUUGUGACAAGCGCAAUACGGAAUUUGAUGCAGCACACGAAACUUGAGUCGCCAGUUGGUCCCCUAGGAGAUGCGACUGACUUCAGCGUUUCACGGAAUUAUGUUGUUUUCACAGCAAAAGACCCUGAUGUGCCUCAUUCUUGGCAUACACGUCAGCAAAUGUACCUGGUGCCCAUCAACGGACGCGCGCCACCGCGUCGCAUGAACAUAAAUGAAGGACGUGGAUGGGCCGGUACGCCAGCGAUAUCACCCAACGAGGAUGUCGUGGUAUUCUUACAGCAGCACAAAGAUGGGUUCGAAAGUGAUCACAAGAUCUUGCAAAUGUACGACAUUAACCAAGCUCGACAAUCUGAAGUCCUGGCGGAUUGGGACGUUUCCCCAACAUCGCUCGUUUUUUCGCAUGAUGGACACACCCUAUACGCUGUGGCGCCAGAGGACGAGCAGCGUAAGCUUUACGCUAUUUCCGUACGUGGCAGAACAUUGGAGCAACCAAGCGAGAUGGUGUCCACGGGUUCUGUAUCGUCGCCGAUUCCGCUACGGAACGGAAAUGUGCUUUAUGUUUUAUCGACUCUUCAAAGUCCCAAUGAUGUGUACAUGCAUAUGUUAGGCAACAAUGUGCGUCUCACAAACUUUUUGCAUUGGUCCGAGUCGCACCGCCACAUUGAUCUGGGUCCCACGCCAGAGCGGUUUACAUACAAAGGAGCAGAUAAUGUCACGAUGCAUGGAUGGCUUAUCAAGCCGCCAUCGUUUGAUGAUGAUGUUUGGAAUGGACGUUCCUUCCCACUUGCCGUGUUAAUCCAUGGGGGGCCCGAAGGGGACUGGAGCAACGGAUGGUCUACUCGUUGGAAUCCUUUGGCAUUCGCGGCAGCAGGAUUCGUCGUGGCUACGCUCGACCCUUCUGGUUCAAUUGGAUUUGGUCAACGCCUCACGGAUCGCAUUCUUGAGCAUUGGGGUGAUCGUGCAAAAGACGAUCUCCUCAUGGGCGUGCGCCAUGUGCUUGACAUACAGCAGCUACACGUGGACCGCGAUCGCAUUGUCGCAGCAGGUGCAAGUUUUGGCGGGUACAUGGUCAAUUGGCUACAGGGCCAUAAUCAUGAUAAACUCUUUAAGGCGUUCGUGACGCAUGAUGGCAUCUUCCAUCUCACAGGCAUGUAUUACUCAACGGACGAACUAUAUUUCCCUGAAUCGGAAAUGGGAGGUACACCUUGGACUGCAACGGAUCGUUAUGAGGCUUUCAGUCCGCAUCGCCUCGUACAACACUGGGAAACGCCUCAUCUCAUUGUGCACGGGGGCCGUGACUUUCGACUCAGUCCGGCGGAAGGCAUCUCGGCCUUUCAUGCUCUCCAGCGCCAAGGGAUCCCUUCUCGUUUCCUCUUCUUCCCUGACGAGGGACACUGGGUGCUUGAUCCGCGCAAUUCACUCGACUGGCACAUACAUGUCCUGAAUUGGCUCCGUCACUGGGUCAACCUACCACCUCUGGAGACAGAGAGAGCCGCAGGUAACCAACCAGGUGCCGCCCUCUUGCACUUCCAAUUGUAG